GCUGCCGUCUCGUACUUGCGCUUGCGCUACGGCUACUCGGGUCAAGGUCGGAGUCUCGGAGAGAAGGUUCUUGCGUGCGUGUAAGCCGCAGCCUGUGGGUGCCCCGUCCUGCCGCAGCCGCCCGUGCUCGUCUCUCGGCCGCCGGCUGCCGCGGACAUGGGGCGCGCGCCGUGCUGCGACAAGGGGAGCGUGAAGCGGGGGCCCUGGUCGCCGGAGGAGGACGAGCAGCUGCGGAGCUACGUCCGGCGCCACGGCAUCGGCGGCAACUGGAUCGCCCUGCCGCAGAAAGCAGGGCUGAACCGGUGCGGCAAGAGCUGCCGGCUCCGGUGGCUCAACUACCUGCGGCCGGACAUCAAGCACGGCGGCUACACGGAGCAGGAGGACCGGGUCAUUCUGUCGCUCUACAGCUCGAUCGGGAGCAGGUGGUCGAUCAUCGCGUCCAAGCUCCCCGGCCGGACCGACAACGACGUCAAGAACUACUGGAACACCAAGCUCAAGAAGAAGGCCGUGGCGGCGGCCAGCAACGGAGCCUUCGCCUCGCCCGCCACCUCGUCCGUGACCAGCUCGAGCGGGGACGCGCGCUUCGCCGCGUACCCGCCGCAGCCACAGGCGCAGCAGCAGCAGGGGCUGAUCCGCUUCGACGCGCCGCGGAGCACCGAGCUCGCGCCCGUGCCGCCCGUCGCGCAGCUGGGUGGUGCCGCGUGGGCGUCGCCCGCGGCAGCGAGUGGCGCCGUGGCGGCGCUGGACGACGACGUGUUCCUGCCCGAUCUCGUCGGCGGCGGCGGCGGCGUCGAGCAGCUGUUCCCGUACGGCGACUUCUACGCCGGGCUGCAGGACCGGGCUCUGGAGCUCUCGGCGUGCUACUUCCCCAACAUGGCCGAGAUGUGGGGCGCCGCUGCCUCCGACGCCAAGCCGCAGGGCCUCUGCAACACCUUGACAUAGGAGCUGGGGCUCCGCUCGUGGGGUUGUCGCGCGAAAAAAAAGAGCUUCGAUUGCUCCAUUGAUUCGUGGACGAUCGGAGAGUUUGAUCGAUCCGUCGCGCGAAGGUAUAGAUAGGAUCCGUAUAGCUCCCUGCUCUUCACUGCUUCUCCUGUCAUAUCCCUGUCUCUGUCUCUCCCUUUCUUCCUCCUUUCGCGUGGGUACAGAUUGUGGCCGGUAUUUUGCUGUGCAUCGCAUUACAUGUAAGUAAACUGGUACGACCGAGAUGUGAAUUAUGCUUUGCUCGA